CUACCCUCUCAUUAAAAAAGGGGCGAAAGACUGAAAACCCUGUCGCUCCGGUGCGAUUGUUUACAUUUUACCAUUUAUACCCAUAUUUCAACACAAUAAAUGGCUUCGACAUUACUUUCACCCAUGGUGGAUUACUAUAACGACGAGGAAGAGCUAGACAGUGUUGAUGAAGAUGACGAUCGCAGCUUCAGAGGCAGAGACUCGGAGGAAGACACGGAAGAUGCCAGCGAAACCGAUUUGGCCAAACACGAUGAAGGCGACUACGUUGAAAUCAAAGAACAGAUGUAUCAAGAUAAACUGGCGUCCCUGAAACGACAGCUACAGCAACUGCAAGAAGGCACACUGCAGGAGUACCAGAGGAGAAUGAAGAAGCUUGAUCAGCAGUAUAAAGAGAGAUUACGUAACGCUGACCUCUUUCUACAACUUGAGACCGAGCAGGUGGAGAGGAACUACAUCAAGGAGAAAAAGGCAGCGGUGAAGGAGUUUGACGAUAAGAAGGUAGAACUUAAGGAAAAUUUAAUAGCAGAGCUGGAGGAGAAGAAGAAGAUGAUUGAGAAUGAGAAAUUGACAAUGGAGCUGACGGGAGAUUCCAUGGAGGUGAAACCCAUUAUGACCCGGAAGCUCAGAAGGCGACCCAAUGACCCGGUUCCUAUUCCAGACAAGCGGAGAAAACCUGUUCCUGCGCAGUUAAACUAUUUACUCAGUGAUGAACAGAUCAUGGAGGAUCUAAGAACGUUAAAUAAGCUUAAGUCCCCGAAAAGACCAGGUAUGGACGUUUUGUCUGUUAGAGCAUCUCCGUCCUCUCCCGAGCACCUUCCGUCCACUCCAGUAGACACUCCAUCCCAGCGGUAUGAGGCACGGAUAGAGGAUGGCAAACUCUACUAUGAUAAGAGAUGGUACCAUAAAAGUCAAGCAAUCUAUCUGGAGUCCAAGGAGAACAACAAGAUUAGCUGUGUCAUCAGCUCAGUGGGGACCAAUGAGAUCUGGGUGAGGAAGACGAGCGACAGCACGAAGAUGAGGAUUUAUUUAGGGCAGCUGCAGCGAGGGGCCUUCGUCAUUAGACGCCGAUCGGCGGCAUAGACCUCACGGCCGCUUUUUCUUCCUUCCUCUUUUUCUGUCUGUACAUUUUUACGAACGUUUCGGGGCUCUUCCUGUUUUUCAGAGUCAUCUGUUGCAUACUGAAGCAUGAUCUGCUCUCCAUCAAAUUUUUGUACAGUAUGGACCUUACCAAAGUGUAUCAUGAAAUGUUGUUCUUUCUCAAUGAAUUUUACAUUGUACAUGUAUUGCAGGUCUCCUUCAUAAUCUCUCUCAAGCAACGCUUGACUUCAAGUCUGUUUAAUUUCAAACAGCCCCAAAAGACAGACAGUGGAUGACAAUAGAGAGAACGCCAAGUGAAUCCACCGUUAUAUUAUUAGCAAAGCAUUUGCAAUUGUUGUUUUGUUUCGAGAUGUCACACAAUAACCUGUUCUCUCCGUGCGGACUGUAAAUGUGGGAUUUUGAAUUACUUUGCAACUUUUAAUUUUGUAUCCAGUCAAAUGUUAAAUAAAUUUGGCUCACGCAGUGCAAAACAACAUUUAAUUCUGCAGCAUCGCUUUGUUUCGUCCCAUUAAGAGUGCUGUUGGUUGACCUUGUUUUUAAAGGCCUAUAUACUUGUGUAAGUACAAGAACUGGCAUUCAUUUACAUGUUUAAUUAUGUUCUUGGCAGACGCUUUUUCGCAGAACGACUCGCAAGCAUUUGAAAUGAUUAUUUACAUUCAUACAUUUGACAGAUGCUUUUAUUUUAAGCGACUGUCAGUGCAUUCGAGCUCUACACUUUCUCUUGUUGCGUCAGAUCACCAGCUCUCAUUAAAACUGAAUGGUCGCUUUGUGGAUGAAAAUAUUUGCCAGCGUACAUUUUUGUUUUGUUGUGCUAACAAUUCGUGUCAUUAUAAUUUGCAUGUGGAUGUUUUUGGAGGAGGCUUUCUCAACAAAGCAUCUUAUAAAAAAUGCACAGUGGUUUUGUGACCAUUGCUAAUGUAGUUAAGCUCAUCACAUUAGACAUAUCUUGGAUCUCAAAAUUAAGCAUUCAAGAGCUUUUCAGUCAAUGGUGUAUACAGACGUGCUCAAAUUUGUUGGUACCCUUACAGCUCAUUGAAAUAAUGCUUCAUUCCUCCUGAAGAGUGAUGAAAUUAAAAGCUAUUGUAUCAUGUAUACUUGCAUGCCUUUGGUAUGUCAUAGAAUAAAGCAAAGAAGCUGUGGAAAGAGAUGAAUUAUUGCUUAUUCUAAAAAGAUAUUCUAAAAUGGCCUGGAUGCGUUUGUUGGUACCCCUUAGAAAAGAUAAUACAUAAUUGGAUUAUAAUGAUAUUUCAAACUAAUUAGUUUCUUUAAGUAGUAUCACACAUGUCUCCAGUCUUGCAAUCAGUCAUUCAGCCUAUUUAAACGGAGGAAAGUAGUCACUGUGCUGUUUGGUAUCAUUGUGUGCACCACACUGAACAUGGACCAGAGGAAGCAAAGGAUAGAGUUGUCUGAGGAGCUCAGAAAUAAAAUAAUAGACAAGCAUGGUAAAGGUAAAGGCUACAAGACCAUCUCCAAGCAGCUCGAUGUUCCUGUGAGAACAGUUGCAACAUCUCAAGACUAUCAAGGCAUUCUGGAGCGAAACGUACUGCCCAGUGUCAGAAAGCUCCGUCUCAGUCGCAGGUCAUGGGUCCUCCAACAGGAUAAUGACCCAAAACACACAUUACAUACACUAUUCUGAAGUGGCCUUCUAUGAGUCCUGAUCUGAAGCCUAUCAAACAUCUAUGGAAAGAGCUGAAACUUGCAGUCUGGAGAAGGCACCCAUCAAACCUGAGACCGCUGGAGCAGUUUGCUCAGGAAGAGUGAGCCAAACUACCUGUUAACAGGUGCAGAAGUCUCAUUGAAAGCUAAAGAAAACGUUUGCUUGCAGUGAUUUCCUCUAAAGGUUGUGCAACAAAAUAUUAGGUAAGGGGUCCCAUCAUUUUUUGUCCAUGACAUUUUCAUUUGUUUUAUUAUUUACAAUAUUGUGAAUAAAAAAUCAAAAGCAAAGUCUGAUUUCUAUUAAAUAUGGAAUAAACAAUGAUGGAUGCCAAUUACUUUUAUCAGUUUCAAGUUAUUUCAGAGAAAAUUGUGCAUUCUUCGUUUUUUUGUGGAGGGGUACCAACAAAUUUGAGCACAUCUGUAAAUAAUUUGGCGUUUGAAAACUCUCAAACCCUUUUGGUGAAAUCUCUGUUUUGUUACCUUCUGCAAUUCUGUUGUUGUCAUAUUUUCUCCCUCCUGGAUCUGCUGUCUGUUCCAGACAGCAGCUUGUUUUGUACGUCCUGCCAUUUUAACAUUGAUGUCUGAUUGCAUUUUCACAUUCAAUGACAGAACUUUCAUUCCUUUCUUCUGCAAAGCUCAGAACUCGUCCCCCCCCCAAAACGUUUUGCUGUUGUUUGCGAUUUAAAAACUAGAUUGCUUGCUUAUCCUUUCUGUCGAGGUCUCUAUUCAAAAAUAUUUUUACAGACCACCAAAUAGUCUUGGGGAAAUCAAAUCGUGAUGUACAGAUUUAUAUUCUGCCUGUGUGUAGACGGCCUGUGUUGGAUGUAACGUGACAAUUGUCACGUUCAAGUUAGACGUUACCAAAGCUUGUUUUUACAAAAUGCUUUUUUUAAAGUUCUUCCACAAUCCUCAAACUGUGACACCCUGACCUUUUCAUAGCAAAUGUUGCACAUAAAACUGUGACCGAGUUGUUCAAGCAUCAAAUUCGAUAUAUCUUUUUUUUAUCCUUGCAUGCUUGCUUUUCCAGAAAAUAAAACUUAAAAAACGUGUCUAA